AGCAACCCUGAGUGGCUUACCAAAAUAUCGAGCUCGCCGUUCAUUUUCCGUGGGUGAAUAUGUUGAAUUGCGGAUCCUCUCUCGAGCGUAGGGCUAAAGUCACGGACAUUAUGAACGGUAGUAAGUAAGUGUACUGAAUGAAAGCACAUUCACAUCGCCCUCAUCAGUUGGAAAAUUCCCGUUGAAGCGAGCAUCCCUCAUUCUCUUCCGCAUAGUUCAAGCUCAUCUCAUUAGUGAGUGAACCAGAACUACUCUUGAACCGGAUAUUGUGUUAACAAACUGCUUCCUCUUGCUGAGCAAACAAGUCGGGAAUUCCACGUGGGACACGAUCAAAAGGAUUGGAAGGCAACGAUGAAAACCGCCAGGGCCAAGAUUAAGGCCAAGCCAACGGCUGCUAUCAACUGCUCUCCACUUCGAAGACGUGUUUUUGUACCCAAUCAAAUGGGGGCCACCAAGAAGCCCGCCUCGGAUUUCUUCCCCGGUUUUGGACUGCAUUUCAAAAGCUCGGGAGUUCGUCGAGUUCUCGCACAGUAUUCGCAAAUGGAAGCCGAGGCCAUGUCUAUGAAGCAACGAUACAUCGAGACCAAGCAGAAAUAUCGAGCACUCCGAGACAUGAUGAAGGAUCAGAGGAUCAAAUCCCGGGAACUUAUGGUCCAAUGUGCCUUGAAAUUGCAGGACAAGGAGAGAGAAGUCCGCGAGAUCCAAAGGACCAAAGAUGAAGAUCUCAAUCGGAUUGCGCGGGAAUUGACGCUUCUCAGGUCGAAUUUGUUGCGUGAGCAGAAGCGACUUCAGCAGAAUAUGAGAACCAAAGACUUGACGAUCGCCCGGCAAACCAAAGAAAUCGCACUUUUGAAGGCCAGGAAUGACGAAUUGGAGCGAUUUGCGGCCAAAACGGCCGAAGUUGUCCGUGACGAUAUGGACACGCCCAGUUCGAUUGAAAGUGACGAUUCGCCUAAUUCAAGUUUCUCCAUGCCCAAAUUCGUGAUCAAGCCCAAGGAAGAGUUCGAUGCCAAGGCGAGUUUGCCGCCCCCACCUGCUUUACCACGCCCUCCCACAGUGACCCGGCGGGUUCGAUUCCAGUCGGCAGACGAGGCGUUUCUAUCCACUCCGAAACCAGAUUUGCCCAGAAAAGUGUUCAAGACCAAAUCCGACGAGGGCCAAACGAGCAAUAGUCCCAAGGACAGUGGACGAGAAACGGAUUCCUCGGAAUAUUCUGAUAAACAUUCACCUCCAAAUAUGACAGCCCGUGAUUCGAGGUUCUCCCAAUUCAUCGAAGAAUCGGGAAUGAAUCAGAAAGCCAUUAUGUCUCCCAGUUGGCUUUUAACCAAUCACAAACACUUCCGAAAGCCGAGUGAAGUGAAAUCCAGGGACAAGAUCCGGACAGUUGUCUCGGAUCUGACCGUUUUAGAAGAGCAUCAGUUCAAUAACGCCAAUGGGAAAGUGACCAAAGUCAUGUAUUGGUCUGAACCCUACCUGUAACCAUGACAUGCCGUUCUCAAUUAUGUCGUUGCCGUACAUUUAUAUAUGCUUAAAUAUGCCUGAUUGUUAUCCCAUCAUUGUCUAGUCGAGAUAUCAAAGAAACAAGGAUCAUGCUCCUCGAUUACCAAUCAA